AGCUCAGGGUAGUUUACAACUCAAGGUCUGCUGGACCUGGAAUUUAGAUUCCUCACAAUGCUGUUUGCUUCAGUAUUUAUGGUGCUAUGGGUUUUAACAUCAAGGACAAGUGGUCAAUCGGUAACCCAGACGCCAAGCCGCCUAGCCAUCAAGGAAGGAGUUGCCGUCUUCAUCAACUGCACCUAUCAAUAUUCCGGAGUGGCGUAUCUGUAUUGGUACGUCCAGCAUUCUCACAGUGAGGGGCCCCAGCUUUUGCUGACAGAAUACACCGGGAAAGAAACGGGAGAUGCGUUCUUUGCUGAACACCUCAAAGCGGACAAGACCUUCCAUUUGCGGAAAGAAGCCGGCGGCUUGAGCGACUCGGCCGCCUACUUCUGUGCCGUUAGAGACACAGGUUUUCUUUCUCCAAGGAGCAGCAGUGGGCGAGGGAGGUUGGAUCUCGUACAAAGUGAUGCUGUGUUUCAAUCACAUCCUGAAAUAUCCAUCGCAGAGGGUCAAGAUGCAAUUUUGCUGUGUAAUUUCAGCACCGCGGAUAGCAACCCUUACCUGUUUUGGUAUCGCCAAUUCCCCAAUAAAUCUCCGCAGCACCUACUGACAAAAACACGUUAUUCUGCUGCGGAUCAAAACUUUGCCCCAACCAAAUAUUCAGGAACGUUGAACCCAGAAACCAAGACAGUUGAUUUGAAGAUUAAGGACGUUUCUCUCCAGGAUGCCGCUGUAUAUGUCUGUGCUCUGAGAGGCAACAACCAACUUCAUUUUGGAGCUGGGACGAGCUUAACAGUCAGUCCAAUGGAAGAGUGA